AAGGGUCGCGGCAUUAGGAAGGUUGAGAACCACUGCCUUAAAGGCUAGGUAGCUUUUGAACAACCGGUGUGAAGAAUCAGGAAAAAGCACCCCAGGCCAGGGGAGGGGUGCCACACACACUGUCCAAAGGGAGAGCUCGGGGAAUACAGAAGCAGCAAACACUGUGAACAGCAAAUGAUGAGAACGUCAGCUGGGCCUCUUUCCGUUAUCUCGGAAGUCAAAAUCGCUAUGCAGCUCAGCUCCGGGGUUUGGCUUCCAGCUCUAACUUGCCCCGCCUUUGCCCUUUACCUAGCGCUUCCUUCCUCCCUUCACUCAGCUCCGCCCCCGCCAACAAGCCUCCAAAAGCUCCCAUUGGUUCGCCCAUCUCCAUAGGCUCCGCCCCCUCCACGCUACGCUCUGGUUUCCGUUCCCCCGGCGCACCUGGCGUAGGCGGCCAAUCCCGACGUACCGAGGCGGGGCAAUCGAGCAACCGGAAGCAGCCUCUCUUUCCUGGUAUCCCACUGCCUUGUGGGAUAGUGGAGGGUUCCUCUGGCCCCGGCAAGUUUUACGUAUUCCUCCCCCGCGCCUCCCUCGUCAAGUACGGAAGCUGACAGGGUCCGCGGACGGCGAUGGCGGCGCACCUUAAGAAGCGGGUGUACGAGGAGUUCACUAAGGUGGUUCAGCAACAGGAGGAAAUUACUACUAAGAAACUCCGACUAACAAAACCAAGUAAAUCUGCAGCACUCCACAUAGAUCUAUGUAAAGCUACCUCUCCAGCAGAUGCUUUGCAGUACCUACUUCAGUUUGCCAGGAAGCCUGUUGAGGCAGAAAGUGUGGAAGGAGUAGUCAGGAUUCUCUUGGAACAUUAUUAUAAGGAGAAUGACCCAUCUGUGAGACUGAAAAUUGCUUCAUUAUUGGGGCUAUUGUCAAAGACUGCAGGAUUUUCUCCAGACUGUAUUAUGGAUGAUGCCAUUAACAUCCUGCAGAAUGAAAAGUCUCAUCAAGUCCUAGCUCAACUGUUGGACACUUUGCUUGCAAUUGGCACUAAACUCUCAGAGAAUCAAGCUAUCCAGAUGCGAUUAGUUGAUGUAGCCUGCAAGCACCUGACAGAUACUUCCCAUGGUGUAAGAAAUAAGUGCCUGCAAUUACUUGGCAAUCUCGGCUCUUUGGAGAAAAGUGUCACAAAGGAUGCAGAAGGCCUAGCUAUCAGAGAUGUCCAGAAGAUUAUAGGGGAUUACUUUAGUGACCAAGACCCACGUGUCAGAACAGCAGCUAUAAAAGCCAUGUUGCAGCUUCAUGAAAGAGGACUGAAAUUACACCAAACAAUUUAUAAUCAGGCCUGUAAAUUGCUCUCUGAUGACUAUGAACAAGUGCGCAGUGCUGCAGUCCAGCUUAUCUGGGUUGUCAGUCAGCUCUAUCCUGAAAGCAUUGUCCCAAUCCCAUCUUCUAAUGAAGAAAUUCGCUUAGUUGAUGAUGCUUUUGGGAAAAUUUGUCACAUGGUCAGUGAUGGAUCCUGGGUGGUUCGAGUUCAAGCUGCAAAGCUAUUGGGCUCUAUGGAGCAAGUCAGUUCUCAUUUCUUGGAGCAGACGCUUGACAAGAAGCUGAUGUCAGAUCUAAGGAGGAAACGCACUGCACACGAGCGUGCCAAGGAACUUUAUAGUUCAGGGGAGUUUUCCAGCGGCAGGAAGUGGGGAGAUGAUGCUCCCAAGGAAGAAGUAGAUACAGGGGCUGUGAACUUGAUCCAGUCAGGAGCUUGUGGAGCUUUUGUUCAUGGAUUGGAAGAUGAAAUGUAUGAGGUCCGCAUUGCUGCUGUGGAGGCUCUCUGCAUUCCCAGGCGUAGUUCUUGGAUUAUUUUUGUAAAGUGUCUGGAUUUUAUUUCUACCAGCCUCUCCCAGAAAAUUGAGACUUUUUUGUCCUGUACUGUCAUUGUAACUUAUACACUUCUCCAUAACACCUAAUUCAUAGUGACUGCUAACAGUAAUACUAUCUUUUUUUUUUUAAAGGAUUCAUCCAGAGAUAUUAGGGAGGCUCUUCAUGAACUCUUAUGCUGUGCUAAUGUUUCAACCAAAGAAGGGAUUCAUCUUGCACUGGUGGAGCUGCUGAAAAAUUUAACCAAGUACCCUACUGAUAGGGAUUCCAUAUGGAAAUGCCUGAAGUUUCUGGGAAGUCGACAUCCAACCCUGGUGCUUCCCUUGGUUCCAGAGCUCCUGAGCACCCACCCGUUUUUUGACACAGCUGAACCAGACAUGGAUGAUCCAGCGUACAUUGCAGUUUUGGUUCUUAUCUUCAAUGCUGCUAAAAGCUGCCCAACAAUGCCAGCAUUGUUCUCGGAUCAUACCUUCAGGCACUAUGCCUACCUUAGGGACAGUCUUUCUCAUCUUGUUCCUGCCUUGAGGUUAUCAGGUAGAAAACUUGUGUCAUCAGCUGUUUCCCCCAAUAUCACGCCUCAUGAGGAUCCUUCCCAUCAGUUCCUGCAGCAGAGCCUUGAAAGGGUGUACAGUCUUCAGCACCUGGACCCUCAGGGAACCCAGGAGCUGCUAGAGUUCACCAUCAGGGAUCUGCAAAGACUUGGAGAACUUCAGUCUGAAUUGGCAGGAGUAGCUGACUUCUCGGCUGCCUAUCUUCGGUGUCAACUUCUUCUCAUCAAGGCCUUACAGGAAAAGCUGUGGAAUGUGGCCGCCCCUUUGUAUUUGAAGCAGAGCGAUUUGGCCUCAGCAGCAGCAAAACAGAUCAUGGAAGAGACCUACAAAAUGGAGUUCAUGUACAGUGGUGUGGAGAAUAAGCAGGUGGUGAUUAUACAUCAUAUGAGGCUGCAGGCCAAAGCCUUGCAACUUAUAGUAACGGCACGAACUACUCGAGGAGUUGACCUCCUAUUUGGGAUGUGUGAAAAGUUUCUACAGGAAGUGGAUUUUUUUCAGAGGUGUUUCAUCACUGAUUUGCCCCACUUGCAAGACAGCUUUGUGGACAAACUCCUUGACCUUAUGCCCCGACUCAUAACAUCCAAACCUGCAGAAGUGGUCAAAAUUCUACAGACCAUGCUGCGGCAGAGUACCUUCCUGCACCUCCCGCUUCCAGAGCAGAUUCACAAAGCCUCAGCCAACAUUAUUGAGCCAGCAGGCGAGUCAGACAACCCUUUGCGGUUUACAUCUGGGUUAGUGGUGGCCCUGGAUGUUGAUGCAACUCUGGAACAUGUGCAGGAUCCUCAGAGCACUGUGAAGGUCCAGGUCUUAUAUCCAGAUGGCCAGGCUCAGAUGAUCCACCCUAAGCCUGCAGACUUCCGGAAUCCUGGCCCAGGGCGGCACCGGCUCAUCACUCAGGUGUAUCUCUCCCACACUGCCUGGACAGAACCAUGCCAGGUGGAAGUGAGGCUGCUGUUGGCCUACAACUCCAACUCGCGCAUUCCAAAAUCCCCCUGGAUGGAGGGGGGCGAGAUAUCGGCCCAGGCGGAAACCAGCAUUGAGGGCACCAUCCCCUUCAGCAAGUCUGUAAAAGUUUACAUAAUGCCCAAGCCCACGAGGCGCUGAGUCACAAGCAGUCUUUAUAGCCUUGAAGGCCCUUCCUGGGGAUCAGAGUGAGCCAGAGCCAGGAGGACUUCACCUGGAAAUGGCGUUUUGGCAUAAGGAGAAACAAGUGACCCUUAGAGUCUCACCUGGGAUCAGACACAGAUAAAUUAUUUUGCAUUAAGAAAACAAAAACCUUCCUACUCUCCCCCAUCCCUCCCUAUAAUAAAGUUGAGAAACCACCCAA